CUUGAAUUUAUUUCUACACAAGUUGUUUUGAAACGUCGGAAAUUGAUAGAAAAAUGGAUAACAAAUAUAGCAUACAAUAGCAACUACACGCAAAAUAGACAUGUUAGGCACAGAUACAUGUAGCAUAGAAGAACAAUCCACCAGUGACGCAGAUACAAAAAGAGUACACAAUUCAUCAGGAUCAUUGACAAAAGAAAACAUUGAAAAAAGCACUGAAUCUUCCAAUAAAAAAGCAGAUCAGAACGAAAAACCUGUUACGGAGGAGGAAGAGCAAGUUGCCAGAAAGUUUGACCAUAGUACUAUGAUUCCCUUGCCCAUCUUCAUAGGUAGGAACGAAAUCAGCACUUACAAAUAUGUUGACACUAAGGAUAAAUUCGUUGAAGUCAUGAAAGAGCUCCAGGAAAUGAUCAAAAAUAAGCAAAUGAUAGCUGUUGAUUGCGAAGGGGUAAACUUGUCGAGAUUUAGCUCAAUAACAUUGAUUAACAUUGGCACUCGAGAUAUGGUCUAUCUAAUCGAUAUUUUGAAAAUAGGGAAUAGUGUAUUUGAUGAUGGUCUCCGUUCUAUACUCGAGGAUAGUGGAAUAGAAAAACUAAUGUUCGACUGCCGAGAAGAUGCCGAUGCUUUAUUACAUAUUCACAAAGUCAAACUUAAUGGAGUACUAGACGUUCAAAUUCUAGAGGUGAACAAUCGAAUACAUGUAUACAGAAAUGGAUAUACUAAGAUCAGAAGCCUUAAGCAUUGCUUAGAGGUAUUUUUAGAAGACGACACAUUAUUGAAUGUCAAGUUACAAGGACAGACUAGUAUGAGUGUGUCGAGAAAUAUUUGGGAGAAAAGGCCACUGAACGACAACAUGUUGAAAUAUGCAAGUGUUGAUAUUAUUGGUCUUUUCAAACUCUAUGAUGCACUUCGUACUAGAAUGGGUCAUAUCGUCUGGAAAGCAGCAUCAAGUCGAUAUUGUGACUGUACUCGUUCAAGAAGCAGAAUGUACCGUGACGGCAGCGGAAUUUUACCAAAAGGAAUACUAUUAUAA